UUUCAGAACUUUGAUUGAAACUCUUGUGAAAAUUAGCAAAGUUCUUUCAGAACCUUGAAAAUUAGUCCUAACGAGAACAUAAACAACGGGUGUGAUUUUGAUCAGUUUUUAAUCAAGUGACUUUUAACAAGGCGUUUCUAGUAAGAGAACAUGAGUAAGAAAGUUGUUGUGGAAAUCAUUGAACAACCACUAUCGGUUGAUCGAUUCCGUUACCCAUCAGAAGGAAGAACGAGUCGUUACACCAAAAUACCAAUGACUCCAAGAACGUACGCUUCUAUUCGAGUUCUAAAUUACACUGGGCAGGUGACUGUUGUAGUUUCAUGCGUAACUACGGAGAAACCUUACAGACAGCAUCCAAGCAUACUUGUCGGAGAAGAUUGCAAGAGAGGCGUCUGCACGGUAGUAUUCAAAACCGAUGAAUCAGAUCCAACUGUCUAUUUAUUCAAUAAUAUGGCAAUACAAUGCAUCAAAAAAGGCGAUAUGGAGCAGGUUCUGACCGAACGUGAGAAAUGCAACGUCGAUCCGUUCAAAACUGGAUUCGCACAUAAGAAGGAUAAAACCUUUCGAACAGCCGUGCGUUUGUGUUUUCAAGUGUUCAUCCGAUCAGGCGACAAGUACAAACCCGUAUAUCCCAUCGUGUCGGACAUAGUUCGUAGCAAAGACAGUUUCGAAAUUUUAGACAUUAGCGACACGACGAGCCCAACCACUGGUGGAAAGAAAAUCAUUGUCUUUUGUAGUAAUGUUACGAAAGGGGACCUCAAGGUACGGUUUUAUCGUGAAGACGAAAAUGGGAUGCUCGAAUGGGAGGCCUGGGUGCAAAAGCCGAUUAUUGUUCAUCGACAAGCCGCUAUUGUCUUCGAAACACCAGCGUAUGCCACACACGACAUAAGCGAACCAGUCGUUGUGCUGUUUGAGUUAGUCAGACCUUCAGAUGACAAACGUAGCGACCCGGCACGUUACUUCCGAUAUGUUCCCGAUCUAAUGAACGUUUUCAAUUUAAUUAAGAAAAAGAAGCAGAAAAUUACCCAAAGCGAAGUGCUCUUUAAGUAUAUUCAACAGAAGGGAGAUGAGAAACAAAGCCUUACCAAGACGGAACAUUUAAACAUCAAGCCCAAUAUUCCACCAAUGGUCCCCAAUAUUCCUCCAAUGGUCCCCAAUAUUCCUCCAAUGAACCACAAUAUUCCUACGAUGAACGCCAAUCAACAGUCCAACACAUGCACCACUGCCAGACCACCAACAACGCAAUCAAAUCUCGUGUCUAAUUUUGAUCGGCAUGAUCAGGCUCCGAUCAAUGGCCAAAGUGUCCCACAUCAGCCAACACAUUGUGACAACCGAAGUUUUUCACAUAAUCAUACUCAGCGCAACAGUGCGCGAAGUGAUCGUUGUCAAUAUGGUGGUGAACGACCACAAAUGCAACCCUUGCAUCCGCAAGUCAAUCAACCUCAUCACAGCCGCCAUCAGCAUAGUCCACUUCAAUUGCAGCCAUCAAAUAUCGAGCCAAUGAUUACCGAUCAAUUGCGAUCGCGGAACAGUAAUGCAGUUAAUCCGUCACAUUGUCAAUUACAACAGCAAAAUAUUUUCUCGGAAUACCAACCUUUAAGUAAUCAUCAAAUGCAUCCGUCACAUGGCCAAUCACAACCGCAACACAUUCACUCGAAGUUCCAAGGCUCAACCAAUCACCAAGUGCAAUCACACAAUACUAGUCAAUCCUUUCACCUGGCUACAAAUUCAAGACAACCUCAAUUUAAUAGUUAUCUUCAGCAGCAGGAGCAUCGUCACCAUCAUCAGCAGGAACACCACUUCCAGCAGCUGGAUCAGCAGCAGCACAGUCAAUCAAAUUUUCAUGGAAUGUCUGCAAAUCCUGGUUUUGGCGGAACGUAUCUAUCGAGUGCUACACCAUACCGUCCAAUUCCCAGUUUUUAUACAGAGCAUGAACAGAACGUGUUCGCAAAUAACUUCGUCCCUGACGGUAACAUUGACAAUGCAAGCAAUACCCUCCAUCCAUUAUUGAUUCACUAAAUUACUUUGUUGAAUGUUUACUUCACGUCUAUGUUAUGCAAAUAAAUGUGGGUUAAAUGUAA